AGAGAAAGUACAGAUUGGCGUGAAUCUUGAAGAGUUUGAGGUGGUGGUAGGGGCUUUGUAGAUUCGGAUCUUGAAGGAAGAAUGCCACACACAGUUCAGUCAAACAACCAAUGGAGAUCAAUGGUUGACAGAGAAAUUUUAAAGGGAAAAGGUCAUAAAAAAAAAAAAACGGGAGGAGAGAGAAAGAACUUUGCCCGGUCUUUACGCCUCCUCGUCAAAACCCCACCUCUUUAUAAUACUCCCCCAUGUUAAUCAAUCCCCUUCUAAGCCAUCUCCUCAACCCUUGAAACUCCAUCUCUCUCUCUCUCAUCACUUCAUUGGAACAUUCCUUCUCAUCUUCUCUUUCAUCUGUCGAUUUUCAGAUCAGGAUCACGUUUAUUUCAUCCCCUCCUCUCCCUUGUUUGAGUCUCUCUCUCUCUCUAGAAUUUUUGUGAUCUUUCUUCUCUCUCUAGGCUUGGACCCUGCGAAAAACUUGGGGGGUUGGGUCUUUCAUUCCCUGAAUCUAGCAAUUGGGCUUUCUCUGCAAUCGAUGUUUUUUCAUUAGAAAUGCCCCAUCUCUCACUUUCCUAGCUUUUAGCGAGAGAAAGAAGAGAUAGAGAGGUUGGGUUGAUGGGGAUCAAGUUCAUGAAGUUCCACAUGCUUCCUUGGUGCUUCCAGAUGAUGGGGAGCCACAUUUCCUGUGUGCAGUUCCCUACAAAACCUCCUCUUGGGACUGUGAAGCUGAUUCAAUCUGACGGUGUUGUGAAAAUCUAUCACAAACCAGUCCAUGCCUCUGAUCUCAUGCUUCAAUUCCCAAAACACUUGAUCUGUGAUGGUGAUUCUUUCUUCAUAGGCCAGAAGAUCCCUGCUCUCUCUGAAAAAGAUGAGCUCAAGCUUGGCCAUAAGUACUUCCUCUUGCCCAAGCACUUUUUCCAAUCUGUUCUCUCCUUUGUCUCUCUAGCUUCUUUUGCAUCAGAUCAAAUAUCUCCUUCUCCUUCUGGUUCUUCGCCCGAUUUGAUGGCGAGACGGAAGACUUUCGUGAAGAAGGCGGCGAAUUGCAGGCCUUUUGAUAUACACAAGGCCCCGAAUGGUGGUCUGCAAAUUAGAGUGUCCGAUGAGUUUAUUGCGAAGCUCAUGGAGAGCGGGAGCAAUGGGGAAGAGGAAGAGAGAUUUAGGGGGAAGGUUUGCACGAGCAGAGAGUUGCAGAAGGAUUAUAUGCAGCUCGUGAGGUCCCGGCCAUGGCGGCCGAAGCUCGAAACCAUCAAGGAAUCAGAUAGAGAGAGAAAAAGGCUUGUUGGGUCUUUUGGGAUCAGGAGGAGGAAGAAGACCCAGCAAAGAGGGCCUGGAAAGAAGUUGCAGAGAUCAUAGAAUUGGGUUUCUGGUUCUUCCAUUCGCAAAUUCUAGAGAGAGAAAUAGGAAGACUGUAAAUUGGUGGUUGUGAUCCGACAAUGGCCUCUCUCCAGUUAACAAAGGCUAGAGAGAAGGAAGGAGAAUGGGGAGUGUUGGGUUUUGCUGAAUUCUCAUAGCAAUGGCCGCUCAAGCGAAGAAAAUCUAGAGAGGGAAAGAUGGUGACUGUAAAUUCGUGGUGUUGUGCUCAAAGCAAUGGAUGCUCUGUUACUGUAAAAUGUACUGUUACUGUUACACAUGGUGAUACAAAAACUUAUUUUUAAGGGAAAAACAACCCUUUAUUUAUGCUCUUAUUUCUUGUUUGCCCCUACUCACCAAAAAUGCUCUCUCUCCCUGUACCGGUUAUCUUGCCAUUAUGUCUUUGACUUCAGGGACAGGACUGAAAUUUAGCCCAACUAAAAA